UCAAAGAAGAAGAAGAAGAAGAAGCAGUAGAAGAAACAGCGGUUGGCCUUUGUUUCCGUCUGUUGCUCUCACUGACAACAAGCGGGUGAAGAAGCCGGACUCUGGCUCAGCAAAGUGAGCAGUAUGCGCUCACUUGUCGGACUGACCUCCGUAAUUAUUGCAGCAAGUUUGUACCUGUACUCGCUGUCCCUGUACCUUCCUGCGGGACCACGACGGCGUCCUCAUCCAGCUGCCGACAGGGAACAUGUGGAGACAUUUGAGUCCGAGCAGCCCACUGACAGCUCCGAAGAACCCAGCAGGUUGAAGUUCCCUUCAGACUUGGAGGAGCUGAGGGAACUGGCUGAGCUCCUGCAGUUUUACAAGACAGAACACACAGGAUAUGUCCUGCUGCUCUUCUGCAGUGCAUACCUCUACAAGCAGUCGUUUGCCAUUCCUGGAUCUUCGUUCCUGAACAUUCUGGCAGGAGCUAUAUUUGGACCAUACCAAGGCCUGCUGCUUGCCUGUGUGCUCACCACUGUGGGCUCCACCACGUGCUACCUCCUGUCCCAGGCUUUCGGAAAACGCUACAUUGUUAACCUCUUCCCCGAUAAAGUCUCCAUGCUGCAGAGGAAGGUUGAGGAGAACCAGGACUGUUUGUUCUUCUUCCUGCUCUUCCUGAGAUUCUUUCCCAUGACUCCCAACUGGUUUCUGAACAUGUCUGCCCCGAUCGUCAACAUCCCCAUCACCUUCUUCUUCUGCUCAGUCUUCAUUGGUCUCCUGCCGUACAACUUCAUCUGCGUCCAGACGGGCGUCAUGCUGUCUGAGGUGUCGUCGCUGGAUGACCUGUUCUCCUGGGAGCGGCUGCUGCAGCUGUUGGCCAUCGCCUGCAUGGCUCUGGUGCCCGGCGCUCUCAUCCGCCGCUUCAGUCAGAGGCGUCUGAAACUGGAUGUCCAAUCGCGGAACGGACUCGUCACAGACAAGAAGGUCCAGUGAUUUGUUCCCUGCUUUGAAAAGCAUUUUUUUUUUUUAAUCUGGAGUGCUUCACUUUUCUGGAGCCUCCGGGACAUGAAGCAGGAUUUUAGGGAUUUUUUUUACUGGCACGAUGGUAUUUGAAGCCAAGUAUUUUGUGUUAUGAAAUGUGUUGGUGUUUCUGUGCCGCAGCUUGUGUGGGCACAGCGUGCACAUGAUGUGUAUAUAAAUGUAUGAAUGUAUAGAAAUCAUAUGGAGAGAGGGAAGGAUUUUAAGGAGACUUUAUCUUGCACUCUUGUUAUACAUUAAUAUUUCUGCUUCAGUGUUGACAGCUGGUGUUUUAAGUGCCUGUCGCGCAGUCAAACUUCUACCUCCAACAUGCGCGUGAGGAAAAAUUAAUGUAAACAUAACAGCCUUCCCAAUCUACCUGUUGGUAGUGGCUGGUUGUGGUUGUGUGAAAUAUUUUAUUUGUUAACUGAAAUACUGUUUAUGUUUGCAGCAUGGAUCAUACAACUUGAAGUUGUAUUUUUUCUUGUUUGACAAUCAUUUUUUGCAGUUUCUGUAUGAAUUGUAAUGGCGUGUGUAGGACACUUUGUACUAUUUUUCAACUUGGUUACUUUUUCCAGCUGUGUGAUCUAAAGAUCAGGAUCUAACCUGAUGGAGUGUAAUGUUCAGGAGUCAUUUUGAAUAACCAAUUGAAUUAAGACUUUUGUGACUGAAUGUCCGUUUCUUUCACCACAUCCUGAUUUCUAAGCAGCUGCAUUAUUAUCUGAAAGUGAAUGUGCAGUUAAUUCAGGCAGCGUGAGGCCUCUGUUUAAUCGAACCAUAAUAUUGCCUUGAAGUCCUCCUCUUUGUUGCCUCUCAUCACAUGUCCAUGUGUCUUUCGCACAGUGCCGGUCCAAAGUGUUAUUUUCACUCUCUUCAUGUGGGUUCGGGUGUAAAAGGUUAUGUCGGCUUUCGGUUUCAUCCGUAUUUGUGGUGUGUCAGAUGAUGUGCUACCUUUUGUUUCAGAUGUGGAAAGCUUUAAAAAAUAAAACAACAGUAGGUUU